CAUAAAGUGGUUUAAAAAUAGACAAACUCGAUCAACCUGUGCACCUACAGGGUUUCUGUUAAAGUAUACUCGCAUAUUUUAGAAGCAUUAUAAAAUUAAAACUAUAUAACAAUGGUAUUUAUAACUGAUUAAUUUAUUUCUCAUGGCGAUAUUUUAGCCGGUAGUAUCGAGGUUGUAUUUCGGGAACUUGUGCUGCAUUUAAAGGGACUCCGACAUUACAGUUUCCAGUCUCCAAUCAAUGAUUAAAAAGGGAAAAAAAACUCGGGAAAAAUGCCUUUUAUUUUGUGUGUGACAUUUUAAAUUCAAACACUAAAAUAUUCCAGCCGUCAUAUUUGAUUAAAAUGCAAAUUUUGUUGAUUUGGUUCAACAAAAGUCAAGUUACUGAGGCGCAGUGAACGCGGGACAGUUAGCUUAACGCUAGCUCCGCAAUGGACAAUGUUCACUGUAGGUUCUCCUCCACGGUUGCUCCUGUUGAAAAUGGACCAGAAAACGGCGACAUAUAUCCCACAGGCGACGGUUUAGUCGACGCUUUCGGGGACCUGGCUGCUCUCCCGGUGGAGGUGGAAGAGAGGAGACCGACGUGUUUGCGGUGCCGUCGCCCUCAGAAGGUGUGUCUCUGUCCUUUUCUUCCUUCACAACCUCUGGAGGUGUCCACAUGUCUGUACGUGGUACAGCACCCCGCAGAGGAGAGCAGAGUGCUGCGCACCGUUCCUCUUCUAGCCACAUGUUUACCGCAAGGAAAAUGCAACGUCAUCGUAGGACGACGAUUCAAUGAGGAAAAGCACCCGGAGCUUGCCGCCGUCUGUCAUGACAGCAGAACGCUCAUCCUCUACCCUGGUCCCAAGUCCCAGAACCUGGAGGAGCUGGUUCAGUGUCGAGACGUCGGCGCUAUCAAUCACAACGUGAUCAUCAUCGACGGCACCUGGAGCCAAGCCAAGAACAUGUUCCUGAAAAACAGCAUGUUCCACCUCCCUAAACAGGUGCAGCUCAACAGGACUCUGUCCAGUCAGUAUGUGAUCCGCACACAACCCUCCAACAUCUGCCUGUCCACGCUGGAGUGUGCCGCCGUCGCCCUGUCGGUCCUGGAACGGAACGACGAGAUCCAGGAGGUUCUGCUGAGGCCGCUGAAAGCCCUGUGCUCCUUCCAGCUGCAGCACGGCGCUCAGAUCCAUCACAGCAAGGAGCAUCUGCUGAAGACCGGCAUGUACGACAAGCCCAUGCCCAAGAACAAACGCAAGAUCAAGAGGAUGGAGAAGCUGCUGACCGACCACAGCAUCUGCCCCAGAUGAGACGGACACACAGAGAGGGGAUUUUCUUUUUCCUAAUUUAUUUCAUUUACAUAAAGAGGAUGUUAUUGGUUCCUUGUGUAAAACAUUUCCAGUUUAAUAGAAGAAAAUCAAACGUUUAAAGAACUGUAACGACACAUUUGAAGGUCAAACUAUUGGAGGGAAAUUAAACUGGAACCAUCUCUUUGUAUGAACUUAUCUCAAGUAGAUUUAUCUCUUUUUCUUUUAAAGUUUUACACUUUCAAACAUGUCAUUCAUUAGAUUACACGUGUGUUUUUAAGUGGCUGCAAAAGAAAUCGGUUUUCUGGUUUCAUUGGAUGUUUUGUACGAAGCUACCAAACCAAACAGUUUAACGAACAAAUGAAGCAUUUCAGAGAUUGUUGUUUUGUAAUCUACUUUUACUCCAGUUGUCUUAUUUUUGAAGAAUAUUUCAGUUUGAAGGUCGGUUACAUUUUCUUUAACCCUGGAGAACCCAUCGGGUCAAAUUUAGCUAUUUAUUUCUGUUUUUAUUUUUAAUUUAUUUGCAGAUUUUAACUGCAGUUACCCAGAAUAAGCAAACAAACAGUCACAUUAACUUUAAAAGCUCAGAAGAAAAUCGUCAUUGGGUUCUCCAAGGUUUAACUUAAAAAUUGGUGUUACAUUCUCUGACCAAAAUUUAAGAGAAAAUUCCUUUUCAACUAAGUUAUAAGGUUUCAUUUUUUUAAAUGAACAAUGAAAUGUACAGUUUUUUUUAAGCUGCUACACUUGAUGCUUCAAUUGUAUCAGAAUAAUAAAGAUUUAUGAGGGAAGUUGGUGGAAAGCGAAUAAAA